AUUUGGGACGACUAUCAGUUAAAAUGGGAUGAAGCGGAUUAUGGGGGCAUUUCUGUGCUCAGGUUACCGCCCGACAAAGUAUGGAAACCCGAUAUAGUAUUGUUCAAUAAUGCCGACGGCAACUAUGAGGUGCGAUACAAGUCGAAUGUGUUGAUCUACCCGUCGGGUCAGCUAAUGUGGGUCCCGCCGGCCAUCUACCAGAGCUCCUGUCAGAUCGAUGUGACGUAUUUCCCAUUCGAUCAGCAGAAAUGUGUCAUGAAAUUCGGUUCGUGGACUUUCAAUGGAGAUCAAGUGUCCUUAAAGUUAUACCAAGAGAACUAUUGGGUCGACUUAUCAGACUAUUGGAAAAGUGGGACCUGGGAUAUAGUGGAAGUGCCGGCCUUUCUCAACGUCUACAACAACUCCAAGUAUGGAAAGCCCACCGAAACUGAUAUAUCAUUUUACAUCACCAUCAGAAGGAAGACACUGUUCUAUACCGUGAAUCUCAUACUUCCCACUGUUCUCAUCUCAUUCCUAUGUGUUCUGGUCUUCUAUCUGCCCGCAGAGGCCGGCGAAAAGGUAACUCUAGGCAUAUCUAUAUUGCUAUCACUGGUUGUGUUUCUGCUGCUGGUGUCGAAGAUAUUGCCUCCGACUUCGUUAGUGCUUCCCUUAAUUGCCAAAUACUUAUUGUUCACGUUUCUGAUGAAUUGCGUGUCAAUACUGGUGACAGUGAUUAUAAUAAACUGGAACUUUCGGGGGCCCAGAACUCAUAAGAUGCCAAAUUGGGUUCGCGUCGUGUUUCUCAAAUACCUUCCGGUGCUUCUCUUCAUGAAACGGCCCAAAAAGACACGCUUACGAUGGAUGAUGGAUAUGCCGGGCCUUCAUUACCAGCACUUCCAUCCGUCACACCAUCAACAACAACAACCACAGGCCGGCUCUCCGGACCUGAAACAGUGCACAGGACUUAAGUCCAAAGUGGAGUUCAUGGAGUUGGCAGACAUUGGCCAACAGCCACAUAACCUCCCUCUCGGCCAUCACCCCAACUGCACGAAAGCGACUCAACCGCCGCCACGCAAGGCAUCUCUCGAGAGGGAUAGGGAUGCCCUCAGAGACAACGAAAGCAUUGAUAUGCUAUAUCUCACACCCGAGGCUUACAGAGCGGCCGAAGCCAUCGAAUUCAUUGCCGAACACUUGAGGAGUGAAGACGAGUACAUUCAGGUCAGACACCACUUAUCACACACUUGUAUACCACACUCUCCAUCACAUAUGCCUUAG